AUGUUGACGAAAACAGACCAUAAAGGCGUUAUAUUACCAGCUGGAAUAAAGCUUCCCCCUGUACGAAGGAAAAUCCAAGUUCGUGAUCAAAGGGAGCAUCGCAAGAAUGACUUGUAUAUGGCACUAGCUCAGGAGAACUGGAAUGAGGUUUUUCUGAGUACCGAUAUUGAUCAAGCAGUGAAGGAACUUGAGAAAGUUAUACAUGGCCAUUUAGAUCGGUGUAUGCCCUUAAGAACUGUGACUAUGUCUUCACGAGAUCCGAUCUGGAUGAGCCCACUAGUAAAGGUUAUGUUGCGUGUGAAAUCAAGAAUAUCAAAAGGAAAUAAAGAUCGUUUGAUUGUUUUAAAUAAACGGAUCUCAGCAGUAAUCAAUCAAAAUAGAACGAAAUCUUUACAGGAUGUUGAUAUCAAUUAUGAAAAUCCACAACCACAGGACAUUAGUGAUGACGUUGAAAUUCCAACGGUUAAUGAAUGGCAAGUGUGGAAUACUCUUAAGCUUAUUAAAAGAACAGCUAUGGGUCCGGAUUCGAUACCGUAUACAGUUUGGAAGGAUCAUGCUGAGCUAUUAACUCCUGUAAUGACGAAAGUUUGGAAUCUGUCACUUAAAACACAUACUUGGCCUGUCUCUUGGAAAAGAUCUAACAUCGAUCCAUUGGCAAAAGUUGAGUUACCAAAGGAGAAUAAUGAUUAUCGUGGUAUUAAUAUAACACCUGUUAUAGCAAGAGCUUUCGAAAAGAUUGUGUUGAGAGUGCACGCUAAAGAUUGUAUCGAACAGCAUUUGAAGGCAUCUCAGUUUGCCUAUAGGAAGGGUGGUAGCUGUACUGAUGCAUUAGUGGCGGUUCAACAUACUGUUAAUCAAUACCUUGAUAACCCAGAAUGUAAAGCUGUUCGUGUUUUUGCCAUGGAUUUUAGUAAGGCCUUUGACAGCGUAAAACAUAGUUUAUUAUCGGAGAAAUUUAGGCGAAUUGGUCUUAAUCCAUACGUAUUCAACUGGUAUCUUAGCUUCUUAAAAGAUAGAGAACAAAGAGUUGUCAGCAAUGGAUUUGUUAGUGUCUGGACACGUGUGAAUAAAGGAACUACUCAGGGUAGUGUGAGUGGCCCACAAUUGUUCAACGUCUUUAUUAAUGAUCUUGAGAUAUUAUCGGCAUCAGAUUGUGGUCUGGAAAGAGAACGAUGCUUCUGA